ACACGUAUUGCGACAAGGACUCUUUGGCUGCUGACGGGGCCAUAGAUUUGGACUUCACAUUUUGUAACAGGGGAACAAACAGAAAAAACUUUUACAAGCAGUGUUACGUUUGGUGUAACAGCAAAUAUAUGUUGUCGUCAAACUCUACAAAAGUCGUAUGCCAAGAUGGUUCAUUUCAACCACAAAAUGUUUGCGAUUUGAUACCAUACAAAGUUACAGAAUGCGAGAAUACGAAUCUGAAAAACUGUCCUUACGUUCCAAAGGAACUUGCAGAUUAUUGGAGAAGAAAAGAGCCAUUGGGUCCCGAUGAUGCAGAAGGGGUAGAUUUCGACCUGUUUCCGGAUAUAGAGAAAAAAGCUACUGGUUCAAGAAGCAUACGUGGCCAAUUCAUAGAAACAAGUUGCAUUGACAAAUUGAUUGGAUACAGUUAUUGCAGAAGAAAGCCAAACAAAAAAUUUGCUUUCAAAUGUAACGUUUUUACCAAGAUUCCCAAACUGAAACCAGCAAUAGGGGUCAACAAAAUGGAUGCGUGCUUCAAAUGUCGUGCUAUUCAAUGCACCGCUACGAUAUAUCUUGGAUAAUGCAUGGUAAUGAAGUUCAUGCUUCAUAGAAAUGAAAUAAAAUAAUUUUUUUCUGGAUUUUUCUGUUUAUAACUCAUGACGUUAUUGUUGCGUUUGUUACUUUUUUACCAUGUGGUGGUUACCGCAUUACCGCGGUGGUUAUUUGAAGACGAGAAGAAUAUUUGAAGUCUUUCAUUUGCUCGGCAUGCAUGUGGAGCUUGGCUGUCUCUCCUGUUUUUGCUUUACUAUCAUAAGAGCUUAAAUUUAUACACGAUUUGUUCAUUGAAGGCCGUUGUGACCCACAUCUGAAACGGAAACUUUUUUCGAGGUUAUCAACUUUUAAUUCGCUUGAGGAUAUUAAAAAGACGUCCGCGAAUUAAUGAUUAGAUUACUUAUAGAAUGGACGUGUGUUAAGAGAAGUAUAUAAGGAAAUUGUAUAAGGAAAAGUAAAAUUGAGAAUAGACGGCGCAUUUAGUUGUUUGAUUAUGAUGAGAGCAGCAGUAUUCAUUCAUUAAGAGGUGCUGUAAUAACUUUUGCAAUAUUGCUCGCAAUAUUUUGCGAGCUGCAAUACCACACAAUAGGUUGGCUCGUUUAAGUACGCUGAAGUUUAAUGAUGAAUUUAAGAGCUUUUUUAUACAGCAGUCACGAAUUGAACAGAUACUGAAGCGGGCUCACGUAGACAGAAGUGCCCGUGUCAGCCAUGAAUAUCAAAAUCUACAUUAGGAGUAAAUAAAUAUGUUGUAGCCAUGACUCUGACUUUGCAUACUCCUGUACAUAACCAUAAGAUAACGAAAAGCAAUGAAACUAGAAAAAGAGCGACAUCCAUUCCCGCAAC